AUGCGGGGGAAAUGGAGAGAUGCCCUCACAAAAGCGAUGAAUAACCAUGCAAGCGGGGAAAAUCUAAGCGAUGAGAUUGUGCAAGCUCAAAUGUGGUAUGGUGCUACUGGACAAGGGAAAUUUUUUUUCAACCAUACCCAAUGUUGGGAGGUGGUGAAGCAUUGUAAGAGAUUUAGCAUUAUUCCAACAGCUCAAACGGUGGUGUUAAACGAGACGCCACUCCAUGAUUCACAAGCUUCGGAUUCGCCUAUGAAAUCCCCUAUGAGUGAAGACUCACCCAUUACGAGGCCUAUUGGAAGGAAGGCGGCGAAGGCAAAGCAAGGAAUUAAUUCUACGAGUAAUACCUCUAAAUUUUUGGAGGAAAUUGCAAGGCAAAGCGCCUUGAGAAUUGAAAUAGACAAGAAAGUCCAAGAAGAUGAUAGGGCAAUGGCAAUAGAAUUUGCUAAAGAAAGGGAGUAUCAAUGCAAAGAAAACGAAGAAAAGAAGGAUCGGGAAACCAUGAUCAUGGAUACAAGCCACAUGUCUCCUGAAACAAAACAAUAA